UUCCGGGUACUCGUAUAAACCGUCUGAGGCCUGCCCAUGCGGUUUUGAUCUGUAGUAGAGAAGCUAACAACGACAAGACCGACACAAUGGCAGAGACUGAUGUUGACAACGAGCUGCUCGACUACGAAGAGGAUGAGGAGCCUCAGGGAGCCCCAGAGAGCGCCGUCCCCGCAGGGAAGAAGGAGGUGAAGGGGUCCUACGUCUCCAUCCACAGCUCCGGGUUCAGGGACUUUCUGCUCAAACCAGAGCUGCUGCGUGCCAUCAUCGACUGCGGUUUUGAGCAUCCGUCUGAAGUCCAGCAUGAGUGCAUCCCACAAGCGAUCCUGGGCAUGGACAUCCUGUGCCAAGCGAAGUCCGGUAUGGGAAAGACGGCCGUGUUCGUGCUGGCCACGCUGCAGCAGAUCGAACCUGUUGACGGACAGGUCAGUACGCAUGUUGAAUACAAUAGGU